UCUCACCUAUCUGACAACAACAAAAAACCCUAAAACAACAUAAAACGAAACAUAAAGUCCAUACAGGAGACAUUCGAAGCCAAUCAUGCCGUGGACAAAGUUCACAAAGGUGGCUCUAGGUCUAGGAGCUGCCAUAACGGCUGUGAGAUCAACAGUGUAUACCGUUGAUGGUGGCCAGAGAGCUGUUAUGUUCCACCGAUUCGAAGGGGUUCUAGAAGAACCAGUAGGAGAAGGGACACAUCGUAAGAUUCCGUGGGUGCAAAAGCCUUAUAUCUUCGACAUUCGGACCAAGCCCUACGAAAUCAAGUCCGACUCUGGAACUAAGGAUCUUCAGAUGGUCAACCUCACACUUCGUGUUAUGUUUCGCCCUGAUGUUUCGCGCCUCUCGUACAUAUACCAAAACUUAGGUCUCGACUACAGUGACAAGGUCCUACCAGCGAUCGGGACUGAAGUGUUGAAAGCGGUGGUGGCUCAGUUUAACGCUGACGAGCUCUUAACAGAACGUCCACAGGUCUCGGCUCUUAUACGUGAAACGCUGAUCAAGCGAGCUAAGGAGUUCAACAUUAUUCUCGAUGACGUGUCGAUCACGGAUCUCUCCUACGGUAAAGAGUUCUCACUUGCAGUGGAGCGGAAGCAGGUGGCGCAGCAAGAAGCUGAGCGGUCCAAGUUCGUAGUGGCAAAGGCUGAUCAGGAGAGACGAGCGGCUGUGAUUAGAGCAGAAGGAGAGAGCGAGGCAGCUCGGGUUAUCUCGAAAGCGACUGCAGAGGCUGGGAUGGGGUUGAUCGAGCUCAGGAGGAUCGAGGCAGCUAGAGAGGUUGCGAUUACGCUCUCUAAUUCUCCCAAUGUUGUCUAUUUGCCAAGUGGUGGGAAUAUAUUGUUUGCAAUGAACAGUCCGAGCAAAGUUGCUGCUUGAAUUAGUUGCAAAAAUAUGGUGUUUAAUUCUAGGUUUUAUUGAUUUGUG